AUCUAGUAUUAUUCUGUAACCACAUCUCUUGUGGGGUAGGUCGCAGAUAUCCUGUGAUAAACGCGUCAGUACGUCAAAUAAACCUUGUCUGCUCCGAAAGUGCGCUUCGCCAAACGUCACCUUUGACAAGUGAAACCGGUGCGGGUCAUCCGCGUAUUGAUUCAAGUCGGAGCAUCCUCUCCGGAAGAAUCCAGGAGAUUCGACCCGGAAGCGCGAACCUUCAGACGCGAACGAGUCUUCCUAACAACGUAGCUAACUAGUUCUCGAGUGAUGUAAUGAUUACGCGCAAUACCGGGUCUUACGAUUAUCACGAGACAGAAAAUUGACGAUCACGGCUAGUGCAUUGGAAUCCUUAACGCAUCUUUUGGCUCCAUGGCGGAGAAAAUGUAUUACUGGGGCGAGGAGAAGGAUCAGGUCGACCCCGAUCAGACCUUCAUAGAGUUCAAGGCCAAAUCGGUGGGGACGGACAAGAGACGCGAACCGUCCCGCUCUGUGCCGAAGAUGACUGUAUCCUCGCCGCAGGGUAAAAUGACCGAGCUUGGAAAUAGGGAGGAAGACGCCGAACGCGGCGGUUGGGACAAUAAACUCGACUUUUUGUUCUCUUGCAUAAGUGUCUCCGUCGGGCUAGGAAAUGUCUGGCGGUUUCCUUACCUUUGCUACAAAAAUGGCGGCGGUGCUUUCCUGAUCACUUAUGGUAUCGCGAUGCUAUUUUGUGGAAUUCCUAUAUUUUUUCAAGAAGUCGCUAUUGGACAAUACCUUGGAGCAGGCGGAAUGUCGCUAGUGGGACAAUUGUGUCCUCUUUUGCAAGGUGUGGGAUAUGCUACGAUGACUAUUGUAUUCUUCCUCGACGUAUAUUAUUGUAUAAUUAUUUCUUGGACACUUUUUUACCUUAUAAGCACAUUCGUGAAUAUACCUAAAGUACCUUGGCGUGGAUGCGGAAAUUGGUGGAACACGGAUGAUUGUUUCGAUGCUGAAGAAAGCAAAAGCACUCAUGGACGAAUAAACUGUUCGAAAAUAAUAGUUGCUCAUAAUAAUAAUAAUACCUGCCACCAUACCACGCCGGUAGAAGAAUACUGGGAUCGGCGAGUCCUGGGCAUCACUUCCGGUAUCGAGAGCAUCGGCGGGAUCCAGUGGGAGCUACUAGGCAGCCUGAUUCUCGGCUGGUUGCUCGUUUACUUUAUCAUCCGGCGUGGUCUACAUCAGAGCGGUAAGAUCAUCUGGUUUUCAGCCUUGUUCCCGUACGUGGUGCUUUUCAUUCUUUUGGGAAGAGCGGUGACGUUGAAGGGCUCGUACGACGGUUUGCUUUACUACGUGACACCGCGAUGGGAGGAGUUGCGCAAUCCCGGACCAUGGAUAGACGGUGCUACCCAGAUCUUCUUCGCGUACAGUAUCGGUACCGGUGCCCUGCCCGCCCUAGGCUCGUACAACAAGUUCCAUCACAAUUGUUAUAGAGACGCAAUAAUCACUUGCGUAGUCAAUACCCUGACGUGUCUUCUGGCCGGUUGCGUAACAUUUUCGAUACUGGGUCACAUCGCCCUGGAACAGCAAACGCAGGUGUCCGAGGUCGUCAAGAGCGGACCUGGUCUCGUGUUCCUCACGUAUCCCGAGGUCGUUCUGAAGCUACCCGGUGCUUCGUUGUGGGCCAUUAUAUUCUUCGUGAUGCUGCUCAUACUUGGGAUCGACAGUGAAUUUUGUAUCGUGGAAUCUUUCAUAACCGGUAUGGUUGACUACUGGCCGGAUGUCCUUCGUCCUCACAGGAUCAAGUUCACCAUAGCUAUCUGUCUGAUAAUGUUCGCUCUGGGAGUUCCGAUGGUCACGAACGGUGGAAUUUAUAUUUUCCAACUGAUGGACUUCUACUCCGCGAGCGGUAUGUCUAUUUUGUGGGUGUGUUUCUUCCAAACAAUCGCAAUUUCGUGGAUCUUCGGAGCGAAGAAAUUCUGCGAUUGCGUGCAUCAGAUGAUGGGAAUUCGUUUGAAUAAAUUCUGGUAUAUAUGCUGGGUUCUACUCGCGCCGAUAAUCAUGCUCUUUAUCUUCGUAUUUCAAAUCGUGCAAUAUCAGCCACUCAAAUAUGGCAGCAGUUACAAAUAUCCGACGUGGGCAGACAUAGUGGGAGUAUGCUUGAGUCUUUCAUCUAUGAUAUGGAUACCAGGUUACGCGUUGUAUUACGUAAUAGUUACGCCAGGAUCGUUCAAGGAGAAUAUCCUGAAAGGUCUGCAACCGAACAUAAAAUCGCAUGCAAAGUUACCGAAAGGCGAAAAGUCGGCCGUGAUACCUAUGUCAGAGAGUAGCGCGGGCUUAAUUACGAAAAAUAACAGUUUCCUAAGUCAAACAUGAUUGACGCUAGCGAUAACCUUUAACUCAUAUAUUAGGUUACACUUAUCGUAAAAGUAAUAUUUAUAGUGAGAUAAAUAAAGUGAAAAGAGUCCAGCACAACGACUGGGCAUUCAGUAGUAAUUUGUGUCAAAAAUGGACGCGUGUCAAAUUAAUCGGUUUCAUAUAAUAUGCUCACAAUCAGUAAGACAGCGAUCAUUAUAUUAUUAUAUUUAUUUAAUAUAUAAUCAUAUAUCAUUAUAUUUAUUUAAUAACGUAUUUCUGACAAAGGGGUGUCAAAGAUUCUCUCUUAAUUCCUUAACAGCUGGUCAAUUACAAUAUUUUAAUAUAUUUUUUUAAUUAUAUUAUAUAUUUAAA